AUGCGAAAGUACGGCUUCCAUCUGGUUUACAUCGAGACCGUAGAGGAACAGGUUUUCAUCGAAGGUCGCAUAAGGGAGAACAACGUUGGAGAUUACUGGAUCGGACUAACGGUGGACUCCCGUGGCCAGGCAUGUCCGGAUGCAACAGAGGAAUAUGGGGAGUCGUGCUACUAUUUCAGUCCCUCUUCGACGACACGCCCUCAAGCGUUUUCAGACUGUUCCAGGCGAGACUUCCAUCUGGUUUACAUCGAGACCGCAGAGGAACAGGACUUCAUCGAACGUCGCAUGAGGGAGAACAACGUUGGGGAUUACUGGAUCGGACUAACGGUGGACUCCCGUGGCCAGGACUGUUCAACAAAGACCACAAUGGCAACAACUGAACUGGUGACGACAACAGCUAAACCUACAACACAACCAUCUACAACAACAGCUACAACAACUACACAAUCAACCACUACCAAAUCUACUACAACAACGAUGCCAACUACAAUGACAGCUCCAACAACUACACAACCAACAACCACUAAACCUACAACACGACAAUCUUCAACAACAGCUACAACAACUACACAACCAACCACUACGAAACCUACAACACAACCAUCUACAACAACAGUUACAACAACUACACAACCAACCACUACUAAACCUACGACAACAACGCAACCAUCUACAACAACAGCUACAACAGCAAUCAUCACGACAGCAUCUCCCAAAGCUCGCCAAAGGUCGAACAGGUAUAAGAUCAUCGCCCAGGAUAAAACUAUUAUGGAUUCGGCCGUGGUCAAGCGAGACUCCACGUCGACGUUGAUCGAGUGCGCGGCCCUGUGCACACCAACAUGCAAGGAAGAUCCUACAGGAGUGCAAUACAGAGGAGACUUAGCUCAGACAAUCAACGGUCGUACUUGUCAAGCGUGGACAUCUCAGGAACCCCAUGCACACUCUAGGACUCCAGCUAACUAUCCUAACGCGGGACUAGACGGCAACUUUUGCAGAAACCCCGAUAACUGGGACACUGCUUGGUGUUACACCACCGAUCCUGAGACAAGAUGGGAGCUUUGUGCUGUAGGUUUCCUUGACCCGAGAUGCCAAGAAACAACUCCGACUCCUACUACUAUGACCGUACCUACGACAGCGAUGCAGACAUCGGCUCCAGUCACAUGUGCUGGAUCUCCGUAUGCAACAGAACAAUAUGGGGAGUCUAGCUACUAUUUCAGUCCCUCUUCCACGACACGCCCUCAAGCGUUUUCAGAAUGUUCCAGGCGAGACUUCCAUCUGGUUUACAUCGAGACCGCAGAGGAACAGGACUUCAUCGAAGGUCGCAUGAGGGAGAACAACGUUGGAGAUUACUGGAUCGGACUAACGGUGGACUCUGAUGGCCAGGGUGUGUGGCUGGACGGGUCCAGUCUCACUUACGAUAACACAGAAAAUAAUUCUUACAACGAUGGAUCCGAGUGUUUCCACUGUUCAACAAAGACCACAGUGGCAACAACUGAACUGGUGACGACAACAGCUACAACAACAACACACCAACCAUCUACAACAACAGUUACAACAACUACAAAACCAACCACUACUAAACCUACAACACAACCAUCUACAACAACAGCUACAACAACUAAACAAUCAACCACUACCAAAUCUACUACAACAACGAUCCCAACUACAAUAACAGCUACAACAACUACACAACCAACAACCACUAAACCUACAACACGACAAUCUACAACAACAGCUACAACAACUACACAACCAACCACUACUAAACCUACAAUACCACCAUCUACAACAACAGUUACAACAACUACACAACCAACCACUACUAAACAUACGACAACAACGCAACCAUCUACAACAACAGCUACAACAACAAUCAUCACGACGGCAUCCCCCAAAGGCACACCAACAUGCCAGGAAGAUCCUACAGGAGUGCAAUACAGAGGAGACUUAGCUCAGACAAUCAACGGUCGUACUUGUCAAGCAUGGACCUCUCAGGAACCCCAUGCACACAGUAGGACUCCAGCUAACUAUCCUAACGCGGGACUAGACGGCAACUAUUGCAGAAACCCAGAUAAUGAAGACACUGCUUGGUGUUACACCACCAAUUCUAGGAUAAGAUGGGAGCUUUGUGCUGUAGGUUUCCUUGACCCGAGAUGCCAAGAAACAACUCCGAUUCCUACUACUAUGACCGUACCUACGACAGCGAUGCAGACAUCGGCUCCAGUCACAUGUGCUGCAUGUCCGUAUGACACAGAACGACAUGGGGAGUCAUGCUACUAUUUCAGUCCCUCUUCGACGACACGCCCUCAAGCGUAUUCCUUCUGUUCCAGAUACGGUUUCCAUCUGGUUUACAUCGAGACAGCAGAGGAACAGGACUUCAUCGCAGGUCGCAUGAAGGAGAACAACGUUGGAGAUUACUGGAUCGGACUAACGGUGGACUCUGAUGGCCAGGGUGUGUGGCUGGACGGGUCUAGUCUCACUUAUGAUAACACAGAAAACUGUUCAACAAAGACCACAAUGGCAACAACUGAACUGGUAACGACAACAGCUACAACAACAACACACCAACCAUCGACAAAAACACUUACGACAACUACAAACCCAACCACUACUAAACCUACAACACAACCAUCUACAACGACAACUACACAAUCAACCACUACCAAAUCUACUACAACAACGAUGCCAACUACAAUAACAGCGACGACAACUACACAACCAACCACUACUUUACCUACAACACAACCAUCUACAACAGCAGUUACAACAACUACACGAUCAACCACUACCAAUCCUACUGCAACAACAUCUACAUCAACAGCUACAACAACUACACAACCAUCAACCACUAAACCUACAACACGACAAUCAACAACAACAGCCACAACAACCACUAAACCUACAACACGACAAUCUACAAUAAUAGCUAAAACUACACAACCAACCACUACUAAACCUACAACACGGCCAUCUACAACAACAGCUACAACAACUACACAAUCAACCACUACCAAAUCUACUACAACAACGAUGCCAACUACAAUAACAGCUACAACAACUACACAACCAACCACUAAUAAACCUACAACACGACCAUCUACAACAAAAGUUACAACAACUACACGACCAACAACCACUAAACCUACAACACAACCAUCUACAACAACAGCUACAACAACUACACAACCAACCACUACUAAACCUACAACACAACAAUCUACAACAACAUCUGCAACUACUACCACCACGACGGCAUCCCCCAAAGCUCGCCAAAGGUCGAACCAGUAUAAAAUCAUCGCCCAGAAUAGAGCUAUUAUGGAUUCGUCCGUGGUCAAGCGAGACUCCAUGUCGACGUUGAUACGGUGUACGGCCCUGUGUUUGGCUACAGACUCCUGCUCGCGCUUUACCUUCAGUGCUGACAAUGGAGAUUGUCUACUAGGAGGCGUUGCACCAAACGAAGAGCAUGAUUUUGAGAUACGCCCUGGAGCCCAAACAUUUGAGGUCAUUUGA